AUGGGCUUCUGUCCCAGGUGGAUUCAAUGGAUUAUGGAAUGUGUUACUAGUGUAACCUAUUCUGUAAACAUUAAUGGUGAGAAAACUAGUUUCGUUAGGGCAACUAGAGGUUUGAGACAAGGGGAUCCUUUAUUCCCAUAUUUGUUUCUAAUAUGUGCCGAGGGAUUUUCCUCCUUGAUAAAGCAAGCAAAUGUACAGGGGAAACUGACAGGAAUGAAGAUACCUCAAAGGGCUCCUAGCUUAUCUCAUUUAUUUUUUGCAGCUGAUUCACUAAUGUUUUGUAAAACAAGUGGUGAGGAGGCAGUGCAACUAAGGAGAAUACUAGAUGUGGACAAACGAGCUUUUGGUCAGCUAAUCAAUGCAGAGAAAUCAUCACUGUUCUUCAGCAAGAAUGUAAAAGAUAGGCAAAGGGAAGGGGUGAUGAAAGAGUUGCAGGGAAUGCAGCAGGUUUUGCAGAGUAAGUAUUUGGGGCUGCCUUUGGUCAUUGGAAGAUCCAAGAGACAAGUUUUUGGCUUUAUAAGGCAAAAAACAAUUACAAGGUUAAAGGGAUGGAAGGAGAAAUUAUUGGGUCAAACAGGGAAAGAAGUGUUACUCAAGUUUGUUAUAAUGGCUUUGCCUACUUAUGUCAUGUCCUGCUAUCUUUUACCAAAGGCUUUAUGCAAGGAAAUUUGCUCAGAAAUGGCAAAGUUUUGGUGGGGGCAGAAAAGGAAUGGACAUAAAAUUCACUGGUUGAGUUGGGGAAAGAUAACAGAAGUUAAAGCAGAAGGAAGGCUAGGCUUUAGAGAGUUACAUGAGUUUAACUUGGCAUUGUUGGCAAAGCAGCUUUGGAGAAUUUUGACUAGGCCUAACUUACUGAUGAGCAAAAUAAUGAAAGCUAGAUACUUUAAGGGAACAUCCAUUUGGAAAUCAAAGAGUUCUGGUGUUAAUUCAUCUGGUUGGAAAAGUCUGUUGAAUGCUAAGGAGCUACUAGAGAAAGGAAUAAAGAAGCGAGUGGGAGAUGGAAAAUCUAUAAACAUAUGGGAGGAUAGAUGGCUCUCAGAAUCUGAUGAUGGAAGAGUCAAGACCAGGAAGGUGGAAGAUAUUAAGGUGCAGAGAGAGGGGCUGGAGACUUACAAGAAUAAAUUUUGGCACUGGUGGGAAGAACAGAAGGAUGCUGCAAAUAAGGAGAAUGGAAGAGAGCGUAUUGUCCUGACUAUAAAUUUGCUAUGGCAAAUCUGGAAAUCAAGAAAUGAGAGGCAGUUUAAUGACAAAGGAAGGGAUCCGUGGUUAACAGCUAAUAAAGCGGUAAUGGAGUGGAGGGAGUACCAGGAUGCUCAGGAAGCAGAGAUGGAAAUUGGGGGAUAUAGUAAGAGUAAAGAAGAAGUGUGGAAGGGAUGGAAGAGACCAAAGGAAGAUUGGGUUAAGAUUAAUUUUGAUGCAGCUCUGCACCAAAAAUCUAACAAAGCAGGUUGGGGAAUGGUUGCGAGGAAAUGGCAAGGAAUGGUUGCGAGGAAAUGGCAAGGAAUGGUGCUGGGGGCUUAG